AUGGAAGAUCAAUUAGAAAGAGAGAAUUCACCAGAAGCAUUCGAUGCUGAGGACGGAGGUGGAAGCUCAAGUACUGAAACAAACAGUGCAACAUUGGAACGUUUACGAGAAAUUUUGAAGCAUCGCGAAUCGACUAUUGAAGAUUUGCGCCAAACAGUAGCAAUACUAAAACAUAAUAUUGAGGAACAACGUGAUGAAAUUAUACGCUUAAAAAGUUUAAACAGUAAUAUUCAUAAGCCGCAAAAUUCACCGAUCUCAUUACCGUUUGAACUUAUCAAGAUGAUCUUUUAUCUAUGUGAUGCCCUUACACGAUGUCGCAUUUGUUGCAUUAAUAAAAGAUUGGCUGAAGAAUUGAGCAGCUGGGUCGACGUUCAGCACCUUUACUUAACAAGAGUACCAAUUGAACAUGAAGCAAAUAAAACCGUUGUGAUACAUGCCUAUCAAGCUGUCACCAAUUCUCCUGCAGUAGGCGUAAUUCGUACCACUAAAGCUAUUCCGAUGCUCUAUAAUUUCCGUCUUGUUUAUACUCUGAGCGAUUUCCUCACAUUGCCAAAUCUUCGUACGCUCCAUAUCCGAGAAGCACUAACAUUAGCUGAUGUUCCACCAGUGGAUAAAAUCUGCGCUCCAAUUGAAGAUCUUCGAAUUUGCACACAUCGAAUGCGUAUCCGACAAUUGCUGACCAUAUGUCGAGCCUUAGCAACUACUUUGCGACGUUUAGAAUUGUUACUUACUGUUAUCGUGCCGGAAGGAGCUGCUACAUCUGAAAAUCGUAGUGCUGCUGUUAUAGAAGUAGCAGAAACAAUGAUUACUAUGGAACAUUUGAGUCAUUUGACGCUUGCACGAGCUUUUCUUAAGCCUUCGACAAGCGAACAAAUAUUUGAGCUCUUAAAAAUGUUUCAUUCACUGUCAACAAUAACAUUCGAAGCACUAAUUUUAAAUGAUUUCAUACAACUUGCAAAUGUUCAUCUACCGCCAUCAGUAAAACGAAUUGUCGUAAUAGAAUCAAUCAAAAUCGAUCUCUCAUGGUAUCCACUUAAUUCAGUUUCUAUGGAAUUCUUUGACGUUUUCAACGAUGAAAGAAUGCCAAUACUACAAGAUGUGUGCCGUAAAGUACGACGUGAGAUCACGUUCCAGCUUGGCCGUCUUCGUGGAUUUGGUUCAGCAACUGUAAAUUUCCAGUUGAGUCUUGUACGUAUUUUGGCGAAUAAGGUGUUACCAUUGCGGUUUGGAAGCCGAAGAAACGAUUGCCGUGUAUUUCUUUGGAAAGAACGUAUCCUCACACGUAGAGAAUAUUUAAAGAUGAAUGAUAUAAAUAUUGAUGGGAUUAUGUGA